AUGUGUAGUUCUGAUAAAAAACCUUAUUACGAAGCGUUGCCUACUUCGUUAAAACCUUACCAUUAUGAUGUAUCUAUUAGUAAUAUCAAUGUUGAGAAGGAGACAUUUGAAGGAAAAGUGGUAAUUUACUUAAGGAUUGUGGAAGAAACAAACGAAUUGCAUUUGAACUAUAGAGAUUUAUCAGUCUCGCAAGAUAAAAUUGAUAUAGCCAUAUACUGCAAUGAUUCGAAUAAAAAUAUUGGUGUUGACUCCAUUCAAGAAUUUAGCGAUAAAGAGUACUUUAUAAUCAAGUUUGCGGAAAUUGUAAAGCCAGCAGAUAGCUCAGAGUUGGUAGUGACUUUAAAUUAUGAUGCUGUUAUUCAGACUAAUAUGGCGGGUUUCUAUAAAUCUGGUUAUAAAGAAAAUGGUGUUGAAAAAAUUAUGUUGUCUACACAAUUUGAAGCGACUGAUGCCAGAAGAGCAUUCCCAUGUCUUGAUGAACCUGGAUUAAAAGCCACCUUCAGCGUUGAUUUAGUUGUCUCACUGGAAUGGACGAUCUUGGGAAAUAUGCCAAUAUUGGAAGAGAAACCAGCUGGAACGAAUUUGAAGACGGUAAAGUUUGAAAAAACGCCAAUAAUGUCUACCUAUUUGUUAGCAUGGGCUUGCGGAGAAUUCGAGUAUAUUGAAUCAUUUACGGAAGGUACUUAUCAAAACGAUAAGCCAUUGCCUGUUCGUAUUUACACCACAAAGGGAUAUAAACAAGAAGCUGAACUUGCGUCAGAGAUUGCUCCUAAAAUUAUAGAUUACUUUUCCAAAAUAUUCGAAAUUAAGUAUCCUUUACCAAAGCUUGAUUUAAUUGCUGUGCAUUCGUUUUCACACAAUGCUAUGGAGAAUUGGGGUUUAAUCACCUACCGUAGUACUGCUUUGUUGUAUUCUGAAUCUAAAUCUGAUCCAUCCUACAAGCAAAAAGUUGCCUAUGUCGUUGCUCACGAGUUAGCGCAUCAAUGGUUCGGCAAUUUGGUUACAAUGAAAUGGUGGGACGAAUUGUGGCUUAAUGAAGGUUUUGCUACAUGGGUAGGUUUUGCAGCUGUUGAUUAUUUGUUUCCUGAAUGGGAUAUAUUUAGCGGAUUUGUUUCUGAAUCUUUGCAGCAAGCUCUUAAUUUAGAUGGAUUAAGAAAUUCUCACCCAAUUGAAGUCCCCGUGGUGGAUGCUUUGGAUAUUGAUCAGGUCUUUGAUGCUAUUUCUUACUUGAAAGGUGCUUCAACCAUAUUGAUGAUUUCAAACUCCCUUGGAACAGAAGUAUUUUUAAAAGGUGUCGCAAAGUACUUGAAUAAAAACAAAUUUGGCAAUGCCACAUCUCAUGAUUUAUGGUCCUCAAUUAGUGAAGUCUCUGGAAGGCCAGUUAACGAUAUGAUGGAAUCUUGGAUUAAAAAAAUUGGGUUUCCUAUCGUUAAUGUAGACUUGGAUUAUGCUACUAAACAAUUGACUAUCAAGCAAUCAAGGUUUUUGAAUAGUGGGGACUUGAAGGACGAAGAAAACCAUACCAAAUGGUGGAUCCCGUUGAACUUUUCGAAUGGUCCGUCUGCUAGCGACAAGUUAUCGUUAGAACCAAACGAAAUUUCUCCUGGCUCCUCAAGCAUCACAAUCAAUGAUUUCCCAGUGACUAAUGACUUCUUUAAAUUAAACAAAGAUACAACGGGAGCUUAUCGUGUGAACUAUUCACCACAAGUUAUGGAACAAAAUAUUUUACCAUUUUUCAAGAAAUUAUCGGGUAAGGAUAAGGUUGGUGUAAUUGCGGAUGUGGCAUCUAUAGCUGUUUCUGGGGAUAAAUUUACGUCAACAACUACAUUGUUCAAACUAAUUCAGUCAGUGAUAGAUUCUGAUGCUAUCGGCGAUGAAUAUGUUGUUUGGUUAGAAUUGGGUAAAAGAUUAGAUCAUAUUUUAGUGACCUUCACUGGUAUUGAUGAACAAAUCUCAAGGGGCUUAAAAAACUUUGCAAAAUCGGUUUAUAAAAAGAUGUCUAUCAUCUUUUUGAAUGAAUUGGAAAAAAACAAAAUAGACGAUUCUCAAUUCUUGAGAAGCAAAUUGAGAGCAGAAAUCUUGGGCAAGGCUGGUUUGCUCUCAAUUGUUGAAAUUGAAGAUUAUGCUUUGACAUUAUUUAAUGAAUGGAAAAAUGGAAAUUUUAUUCAUCCAUCAUUAAGAGCUUUUGUUUUCUCCACAAUUGUUUCUUCUGAACGAUUGAUUGACAGCGAAAAAUUCGAACUUAUCUUAAAAGAAGUAACACAUCCUACUUCUUUGGACUCACGAGAAAUUGCUUUAGAAUCAUUAGGUCAUGUUAAUGAUAAAGAAUUAUCCCAGAAAUUAAUUGGUUACUUAAUAGAACCUGAUAUUGUCCCAACCAUGGAUUCACACUUCUUGGGUCGUUCUUUAUCAACAAAUGCAACUACAAAAGAUGAGUUUUGGAAGUUUUUCAAAGAGAAUUACAAUGAAUUUUAUAAGUUGAUGUCUACGAACAUGGUUGUCUUAGAUAGAUUUAUCAAGAUUACUUUGAAAAACUAUCAAUCCAUGGAAAUGUAUAACGAGAUAAAAACUUUCUUCAGCGAAAAGGAUGUGCAUGGUUUUGAAAGAUCAUAUAAACAGGUAUUGGAUAAUAUCCUCAUCAAUUCGUCAUGGGUUGAAAGAGAUGUUAAUAAAGUAAAGGAAUGGUUGCAAGAAAAUAAUUAUAUAAAUUAG